GGGAAAAGCUUGCCCCGGAUCAAAGGCUAGUGUGGCGCUGUUGCGGUAGUAGGAUGUACUGAGUAGCUGUUGACGCUUCUUGUGUCGUCGGGAUAUCGCUGAUUUCUGGAUUAUAAAUAAAACUGAUGGGUUUCAAUCCCAACUCAAUGCAGAGAAAUGGGUAAACUUCACUCGAAACAUGCUGCUAUUUGUAAACCAAGGGAGAGUCCAGAGGGCGACAGUUUUGUAGUUAAUGCCUGUUUGGCAAGGAAAGGAAUCGACGAUUGGCUCGUGAAACAGAAAUACUAUUGCACGGGCUCGCGGCUUGAGCAACAGGACUGUCAACACAAAAAUAAGUGUGGGCUGUCUACUCGGGAGGUGUUAGACGAGACGUGUGCAGAGGGGAUCAGUGAUGAACAUUACCGUUUAGAAGUGGCUUUGCCCCCAGAGAAGACGGUGGACAGUUGCUGUGUGGAGGAGAAGAUCCAGGGGAAAGAGAGCCAGGUGCCUGCAGGGACACAGAAACAACUCCAGUUUGAGGAGCUGGAGUGUGCGGUCUCAGUAGAGGAAGACAGUAGACAGGAGUGGACGUUCACUCUGUAUGACUUUGACAACAAUGGGAAGGUCACCAGAGAGGACAUCACAAGCCUGCUUCACACCAUCUAUGAGGUGGUGGACGCGUCGGUCAACCACUCCCCCAGCAGCAGCAAGACACUCCGGGUGAAGCUCUCCGUGGCCCCUGACUCCAGCCAGCGCUGGAGGAGCUGUGCUCAGGGCACUGCAGACAUGCCCCACCCCAGAACCAAGACUGACAAGUGCAUUGAAGACUCUAAGAGUGCAGAGAAGAAGUAUCGAGCCCUCCUCAGGCGCCAUCACAGCGACCAUCACACUGUCCAGCAGCAGGGACCAACCCAGGUUCAGAGGGAAGGAUGCCAGCGCCACUGUGUGGAUGAGAACCUGGAGCGCAGGAACCACUAUCUAGACCUGGCAGGCAUCGAGAACUACACAUCCCGCUUCGGAGCAGCACCCAACACUGAGCCUGUGAAAGCAGAACCACAAACUCGACCGCCGAACCAGAUCAGGUCUCGCUCUCAUGAACCAGAGAAUGGCCACUCCUACUCCCACCACCGGCGCUCGCAGGUGGCCACGGACAGCAGUGCCGUCCCGGGCCCAGACACCUCGUGUCCCCCACGACUAAGCAAAGACUUGGGUAAACACGCCCUGCGCUCCCCUAAGUCACACAGCCGCACCCCCCCCACACAAACUGCCAUGGGCAGAGUGAUGAGGAGUAGGGGGGCUCCACCCCCCCCGGCCCUGCCCAGCCAGACCCCACCUCACCAGUCCUCCGCCCCCUACCGCAGGCACAAGCAGAGGGCCAGGGAAGGCCAGCAGCAGUACCGGGCCCUGGGGGCUACAGUGGGGCCGGUGGUGGAGAAGGAGCAGGUGAGGGACCUGCCUGGUGUGUUGCUCUAUGAAGGAGGGCUGGCCCAAAUGGUUCAGAGGCACGAGCACCAUCAUCAUCAUGAGCACCACCACCACUACCACCACUUCUACCAGUCCUGAGAGGCAGUCUGCUAUCCCCUGCCCUGCUGCCCCCAACCACAGAACACCUUCUCCCCGACUCAGCAUGGCCAGUAGACUCUGAAGACAGGCCCCUCCCUCACAGCACGGACAGUAGACUCUGAAUACAGGCCCCUCCCUCACAGCACGAACAGUAGACUCUGAUGACUGGCCCCUCCCUCACAGCACGGACAGUAGACUCUGAAUACAGGCCCCUCCCUCACAGCACGGACAGUAGACUCUGAUGACAGGCCCUUCCCUCGCAAGCAUGGCCAGUACACUCUGAAGUCAGGCCCCUCCCUCGCAGCAUGGCCAGUAGACUCUGAUGACAGGCCCCUCCCUCACAGCAUGGCCAGUAGACUCUGAAGACAGGCCCCCCCCUCACAACACGGACAAUUGACUCUCAAGACAGGCCCCUCCCCCACAGCAUGGCCAGUAGACUCUGAAGACAGGGCCCUCCCUCAUAGCAACAGCACAGCUAGCGCUGUGUCAUUGUUAAGGAGAGCUGACCCUGUGGUUUGAGAGGACAUCAGGAGGGUUAAGUUGUCCAGACAGAGGGAGGUCUGGGGCAUAUUAUUAUGGGGUUGUUCAGGCAUGAGUCCUUCUGAAGCAACAGAAAGUGUCUAGGUCUUCUGGUGUGGUAGUAACCAUGAACCAGGAGCCGAACAGAACGCCUCAGAGGAACAGAAGAAGAAACUACAUAUAUAUAUAUUUUAGGGCUGUAAUACAUCAGAGCACUCUCAUAGCUCUCUCGCUCUGUUUUUUUUACUCUGAUGGACUAAGUUACUUUAUAAUGUCAUACUGGCACCACCAGCAUGGUGCUCUAUUGGAAUGGGCUCUUUAGUGGGAGAGGAAAUAAGGAGAGGGGCCGGUUUGGAAGGAAAGACUGUGAUUUACUGUAUAAAGAAAAUUAUGUAUGAAGGAAAAUAGUUAUAAAAUACAGAUGCCCAGUGUCCAGUGUGUUUGUUUGGGAGAACGAGCAUGUGUGUAUUUUGUGCUUGUGUCCAUAUGAGAGAGAAUGUGUACAUACUGUAUGUGUGAGAGGAUAUUUUAAUGUGUAUGUACGGUGUGUGAGAAUGUGUUCCCUGUCUGCUGUGACACCCCUGUUGCCACUGAAGACCACUUGAAAAGCACUUGUUGGUGCUGUUGCAUUGGAGACACUUUGGGCUGUCAGAACAGAGGACAGACAGGCAUCAGAUAAAAAAAAGACUAAAUCACCCAGCUCCUGAUUCUCACAUGCAAUACAGGACACUCCCUGAGAGAGAAAAAACGAAAGGAUUUUAAAAAAAACUUUUUGAGUGAAAAUAGAAAAAGCUAAUCAGCUGCUACCUCUAGUAUUACUUUUAUUAGAAUUGUUGGUAUUAAGAUGAUUAUUAUCAUUCAGAUGUUUUCUUCUCUUUUUUAAUAACGCAAUUUGCAGUCACGUAGUGUUGAAACUCUGCAACAUAUGUUACCUACACAUUGUAUGUACAUGUUUAACACUAUAGGUAUGCUGUUCUUCUGUUUUUAUCAACAUUACAAGCUUUAUUAUUUUAAUAGUGUGAUAGUGUCAACAAUCUCAAGCUUCAUUUUUUCCUAUACUCUCCUAAGGUAGAACUCCGACUCUAAAACCACACGCAAUUAUUUUGUGUUUAACUUCUGAACACUGUGACAUUGUUCUGAUUUUCUCCAGUUCACAGGGAGACUCUGGACUACUGUAUGUGCAUUGGAACUGGAAAUACAUAAUGUUUGCCAAUCCACAGCAGCCCUACAGUAUACUCAUCCAGGCCAAGUUGUAGGGAGGGAGGCACAUGACCUUCUUGUGUCUCCCCGUGGCAUUCCCCUAUCCCCAGCUGUCAGCAUCCCUUUCACCAGGCCGCUAUCAAGCCAUGUGUCCCCAGUGCUCAGCCAACAAGGCUUUGUUUAUGACGCUGGCUGGGCGGGCCGGGCUGGGGUGGAGGCUUUCAGCUGUCCGUCCCAUUCCUCUGGUGCUAGGUGUCACCAGGCCCAGACCAUAAUUCACCCUGCUGAAGGCCUGCUGUCAGGGACAGGCAACUCCAACCACACAGGACUUUUGAAAUCCCAUCCCAUCAUGGGUGAACCAUCAGAGUACCACCACCAAGGUUCAGGACAGGUUACUACGGUUUGCAUCUAGGUUUCACAAGCACCUGACUGAGUAUCAUCUGGUCAGGGAAAAUGGGAAACACUGUAGUCAGUCACCAUUAGACCUAGCUACUGGCUUAAUGUUGUGAGCAGGUUUGAGGAGUGUGUGGACCUCAAUGCCGGUGUUACACUCAUGUUUAAGGUAUAGACUUGGCUACAGGUCUUCUUAAGUGCACAUUUUGGGUCAGUUGCAGGAAUCCUAUGCAUUCCAGUCCUGUCCUGGGCUCCAGCGUUGCCAUGCCCUGCACAGCUGCAGACUGUCCAUUAGCAGAGGCAACAGUCAGGCUGGCCUCCCCACGGGACACUGUAACCCUCCUCUCCCACCCUCAGGGGAAACACAGCUGCACCCCAUUCCAAGCCCUCUGAGAUGCCUACCGCCCUGGAGCCUCUGCCUUGCAUUGGCAUCUGUCUGUCUGGCCUGCCAGUAGCCUGUCUGCAUAGCCCAUAACAACACUAUAACUCUUGUUGUUGCAUUCCUGUUACACGACAUGCAACACUGGGGCUAAACAGCAGAGGUGUUGAUUCUAGCACCUGCCCCUAGGGUACUUAUACUGGAAAUGGCUGCAUUGGGGACUCUGUCGAGGCAGACGGGCCACACUUCCUUCAUGGUGGUCCUCACUAUGCGUGGAUUGGGGUGUAAACGUGUGUGCAUGUCUGUGGGAAUUUCAGCGAAGGUGUCUGGAUAACUUUGGUUUGCUUCACGAAAGAAUGUCACGUGCAAACUGUUGAAAACAGAAACGCCCCACACCAAAGGGAAACAUUUUCUUAUUUUUUAAACCCCCUCAUAAUAUAUGUGCAAGCCAGUUUGGUUGGGAAGCUUCAGGCAGCCUUUAGUCUGAUCUAGGCAGGGUGGGCAGCUGAGUGACACAAGACAUGGCCAGUAGUGAGGGAUCUGCUUGUGUUCUCAUUCUCAGUUAAAAAGUUAAAUGUCUUAUCUCUUCACCAUCUUUGCUCGGCAGCACAUAGGCUAUUGUAGUGUAUAUUGAGUGGUGCCCUAUCUUUCUAUAGUAAGGUAUUAGUCAGGCUAUGCCAGUCACCUGAACACAUAUCUAUAGUGUUUCUGAUAUGGAACCCUAUUCCCCAAUGCACAACUAGGGCCAUGGCCUACAUAAGUAGGAUACUUUAUGGAUUAGGACACCUCUUUAAGGGGCCACUCUAGCUUUGCCCCUGACAGCGUUGGCAUAUACAGUUCUACACCCAUUCUCCAGAAGGAAUCUUCCUCAUCUGUAAAAGUAUUCAGUUUCAGUAUUCACAGCCAAUACACCUAUUUCUCUAUGUAUUCCACCACUAAUUUCUUUUGUAGGAUUUAUGUAUCUACUUUUUUAACUGAUGUAAAUAGUAUAUGGACUGCAGAAAGGUUAUAUCUUUGUCGUAGAAGGAAUAAACUUAUUUAUAAUAUUGAAUGACUGAGGGAAUAUACAGUAUGCCUGCCAAGCUAUCACACUUGCCUACUAUUUUGUCACUUAUCCACAACAUCAGCUGAGCCAAUCAGUGGUAAUUGGGAAGGACAGUUGUCUCUUUUUACCGCUUUUCUUUCACUUCUUGUUGCUUGUAAAUUAAACAUGUCUAGCACUAGCUGUUCAGUUCCUCCAGACGUGCAUAUGCUCUCUUCUUCCCUAAUGUAUUUUUAUAAGACUUUGUUUAGUUUAUAUAGAUGUUUUUUUUAUUUUUUAUUAAUUGCUUAUUUAUUUGAUAGCAGAACUGUGCCAAGGAAAAUUCCCAUUCAUUAAAGUAUGAACCUGUUCCCCAAAAUAUGUUUGCUGACUUCACUUCACAUAGAUCUGUUCUGUGGUGCUGCUGUGGGUAUUUGUGUUGAAACUUUUGAUGUCUAUGUAUGUUUGUGUAUGUGUGUGCCUGUGUGCCUGUGUGUGUGUGUUUGUGUGUGUGUGUGUGUGUGUGUGUGGGUGUAUGUGGGUCUGCAUUUUACUAUGCAUGUGAAAUAUAAGAAUGUGCCCAAAUAAUCUAUUUUUCUGCAUUUUAAGUGUAUUUUUUAAUGUAUUAAAUUUGUAAAUACAUUUGGAAAUAAAUAAAUUAACUAUAC